AUGUUGGGUUUUUCUGAACUCUUGAAGUCCAAUUUCGGCGAAUCUGCCACACCCCUCACUUUGCCUUUAGAGCCCCGUUUGAAAUCUGGCCAAAAUGAUGCUACCGCUGCUCCUCCUGAAUUCUUCGAAACACUUGUGGGAGAGCGACGUGUGCCUCGGGACAAGGACCCCAAGAAGCCCAAUUAUGAGAUGAUCAAGGAUGCUCGUAAGGGUAUUCUAUCGGGAUUCCUCCGGUCAGGCAAAAUCUUUCGUGCUUCCGACUUCGUGGGGUAUGCGAACCCCAAGACAGCAAUUAUCACCCUGGGCGACAUUUACGACUUCGAAACUCGGUGUCUUGCUGCUCUAGACGAUCAGCCAAUCUCCCGGCCUCCCUUGAGCUCCAUAGUCCCUUUCGGGAAAGCAGCUGACAAAGGAGCCGACGAUGAGAAGAAGACCCUACGCAAUUUGUUUUUCAUUGCCUUAGCUCACGAUGAGUUACCUUCCUUUCAUUUCUGGACGAAACCAGGUGAUUUGGAUCCUGUGACCGCUGGACAACCGAUCGACUGGGGCAAACAUUUCGACGAAAAUCCACCUUCGCCAACGACAAAAGCCAAGAUUGCGAUGCUAGAGAACGAACGGAAAGAGAAGGUACAGCGCGGAGCUGGGGAGCAGCACAAUACACAAAACAAACAGGCGCUUGGAUUCCUAGACCGUUACAAUGACAUCAAUUUGCCGGGUUUGGGAAGAGAGCCAACUCAAAGGCAACCUACUGAUGACAUCGACUCGGGUUCUCAAACAAGUGCAGCACCGGUUUUCGCGCAAUCCCCGCUUGAGGCUGAAGUCCUACUCCAAUUCAACAGAGGAGGCAUGUAUCUCAGAGAAUUUACCCACAGAGCUCUCUAUGCCAUGGCUUGCUGGCUCGUUGGGAAUGAGGAAGAGGAUGAGGAAGAGAAAGCGAAGGAGGGUCCAACCGAAAUUUGGGGCAUGUUCCUGGAUAUCCUGGGUCCUGGGAAAGUUAUUCGCGAAGAGAAAAUUGUCUCUGUAUCUCGGGCCUCAAAUCGGAAUUUUCAGGACAACAUAAAACCAGUUUUUGGCCGGCCAGACAAUAAGUUUCGGAUUCGCUCCACGAGGUAUCAGUCUUCGUGGAACCUGGAGUCAGGCUUUGACUCAGGUGGUGUGGGCGAACUGAAGUAUGAUCUGAAGAUAGUGCGCCCAAACGUUGGCUACUGCUAUUGCUCGGCAAAUUGGCACAAUACCGGAGAUUUGUACUUGAACAAUCUGCAUUUCGAAAAGGCACUUAGAUUCUUAUUCGAUUGGGACUCGUCUGCGUACCCGAAAUCGAACAAUUUGAGCCUUGAUAUACCCGGCCACGGCGCCUUCGGCCUCGAUCGUAACUCAAACGUGGUGGUGGACGACAACAUCCAAAAAAUCUUUGCUGAGCUCUCGGGUACCCCAGUGAAAUCGGAUUCUCACCCUGUAGAGAUUUUCAUUCGCGACGUUUUCGAGGAUGUAACAGACGGGUCCGACUCCCUAAGUACCAGCUCUCCUAGGCAUGGGAAUGCCAAGUCUGAGACGGGUCCCGGAGAAGUACCCGACGUGCUUCAAGCACCGUCAGGAGCAGGUCCAUAUGUUGAUCAAGGAUCCAUAAACGCUUUGGGCAUCCCUGAUCAGCCACCAUCAGAUAUCCUCGGUGGCUUGAUCACUGGUCAACUCCCUGAACCUAGUUCCAUCAAAGCAACAGAGGGUCGCGGAGGUCCAGAUUUUCUUUCGAUACAUCCACGGUUGCUCACUAAUGCUGAAAUAAAUGAGCUCAAAGAUCGGUUGAAGAUUGCAGAGGCGAGCGUUGUUGAGACUGAUGGCCUACAAGAGCGGCUGAGAAUUGCAGAGGAGAAGCUUUCUGAAAUGAACAGUUUAGAGCAGCGGCUAAGGACCUCAGAGAGCAGAGCUAAGCUGAAAUCCUCUUGUCCAUUCUGUCCCCAGGACUGGGCAGGGGUGACGAAACAGCAACAACAAGACCACCUUAAGCUACAUCAAAAGAAGAUUGUUCGUCAGCCAGACCCGCAAAAGUGCCCGCAACCAAAUUGUACGAGUUGGUUGGGUGAAAACCAGACAGAAUCAAGCUAUGAGCAACAAGAGGAGCAUGAGUCCGUUCAUCGCGAUAAUGAAGAGACCGAAGAGGAGCGUGAUCGACUGCAAGAAGAGGUCAAAAAUCUCGAAAGAAUCGUAAAGGAGCGUGACCAGUUGCAAGAACAGGUCAGGGAUCUUCGAGACACGGCAACGGAGCGUGACCAGCUGCAGCAACAAGUCAGGCACCUCCAAGACGCCGCAAACGAGUGGGACCGGUUACAGGAGGACCUCGUGAGUAUCACAGCGGAGCGCGACUCGUUGCGAGACCGGGCGAUGGAACUCGAAAGGCGUUCAAAAGCUGGUUCAGGCCUCGAUGAAGGGAUGCAGACGAAAGAACCGGUGACAGAGGCACAGGUAGAUGAAGAUCCCAAACAGCCAAGUCAAUCUGAAGCUCCUAAGAAACUACGAUACUGCAAUGUCUGCUUGAAGAGCGUGGACAAGAUGAGUGUUAACGCCAAAACUAAGCAUGCAGACAAAUGCGAGACCAGCGUAUCGGAAUUCUUGUUAUUAAAUCCGGUAGAAGCAAAAAGCAUCAGGGAGAAGCGAAACAACAGCCGCGACGUCGUCAGGCCGCAAGCACCAGAGGGUCCGAAAGAAGAAACGGAGAUGCCUAAUACAGGGGAGAAGAGUAAACAGAAAGCUUCAGCUACAGCUGCCCCAUUGGAAAGUGGGCAGGACGAAGCAGAAGAUGCGAACGCAGCUCAAGAGCCAGAGGCCAGCAAGGCCACAGGUCGUAAAAAACCAAAGCGCAAAUUUGACACAUUCAAACCUCCGAAGGAAGAUGAGUCAAAUAGCGAAGACCUCGAGUCUCCCAAGAAGAAGCCUAAGCUCAAGGCGAAGGCACCCAAAGCCGAGAAAAGAGAAACCGCGCCUACGAGAAGGUCUGCUAGGGGCAAGGACAUAUAUGAACCACCUGAAGAGGAAGAGGAUGUGGAGGAAGCAUACGACGAGCCUUCCUCAUCAGCAAAGGGAAGCAAGAGGACGAAGAGGAUGGCUCCAAAGAAGACGAGAACAAAUAAAUAG